AUGGAGCCGCGCUGGGCGCAGACGGGCCGGGAUGGGCCAGAUGAUGACGAGGGGGGACAGCAGCUGCCUCCCUCAUCCCUCUUCCUCCAGCUGCCAAGCAACGCGACCCUGCGUUUCCGUGGCAACGUGGCCAAGUCCUGGGGGGCUGCGCUGGACGAGGGGAACCCCCCAGGGACCCUCCAGGAGCGGGAAAGGGAAGAAGUCGGGGACCAGGAAUCGCUUCCCCUGAAACAGCUACCGCUCUGCAUGGGGGAGAAACGGAGACUCAGGCUCCGGGAGCAGCAGGCGGCCUGGAAACGGAGCCGUUGGGAGCGGUGGCAGGUGGGGACGCGCCGCCUGCGGGGACAGGUGGGGGACGCCCUGCUGUACGCCCAGGUGUGGAGGGGCUCGCUGCACCACAUCGAAGGUCACUUCGGAACCGGGAUCCAGUCGUAUUUCAACUUCCUGCGCUUCCUGGUGCUGCUGAACCUGGGGGGGGCCCUGCUCACGGUGGGGUUCGUGGUGGCCCCCAACGCCGCCUUCGAGGGGCUGCGGCUGAACCAGACCCAGCAGGGGCCGAACUCCACGGUGAUCAGCUGCCUGCAGUACGACCCCACCAAGCGGGGCCUGGUCAGCUACUUCACCUACCUCAUGGACCUGCUGUCCGGGACGGGGUUCAUGGAGCUCACCUACCUGUUCUACGGUUAUUACCAAAACUCGGCCGUGGAUUUCGUGGGCUUCUCCUAUAACAUCCCCCUGGCCUAUCUGCUGAGCAUGUUGGGCUACUUCUCCGUCUGCCUCCUCUGGAUCGUCCACCGGGCCGUCCAUCUCCUGAAGCGCAGCCUGGUCAGCGAAAACGGGGCGCUCAGCACCUACAGCAACAAGGUCUUCGCCGGCUGGGACUUCUGCCUCGGGCCCGGCACCGCGGUGCACAUGAAACACAACAGCCUCCGCUACGAGCUGCGGAUGGACCUGGAGGAACAGACCUUGCGGCGGCUCAUGGCCCAGCGCAGCCCGGGCCAGCGACUCGCCCUGUACGGCCUGCGCGGGGCCCUCAACCUGCUGGUGCUGGCACUGCUGGGGGCGGCUUUCUACUGCGUCUACCUGGCCACCGAGUACUCGCAGCAGGGCCAGCAGGACACCGGCCCGGGGCAGCAGGGACUGGUCCUGGGGCUACUGGUGGCCUAUCUGCCCUCCAUAGUCAUCACGCUCGCCAACCAGCUGGUGCCGCUGGCCUUCGGGCUCCUCGUGCGCCUGGAGAGAUACCCGCUCAGCCUGGAGAUCCAGCUCACCCUGUUCAGGACCGUGUUCCUGCGUCUCUCCAGCCUCCUCGUUCUCCUUUUCUCCCUCUGGUCCCAGAUCACCUGCCACGGGGACCCCAACGCCGAUUCCUGCAAGACCUGCGGCUACAACCACACGCAGCACCCGUGCUGGGAGACGAGCGUGGGGCAGGAGAUGUACAAGCUGCUGGUGUUCGACCUGCUCGUGGUACUGCUGGUGCUGCUGCUGGUGGAGUUCCCCAGGAAGCUGCUGGUGACCCACGGCCCCGCCCCCCUGGCCCGGCUGUGGGGGCAGCAGGAGUUCCUGGUGCCCCCCAACGUGCUGGACCUGGUGUACGGCCAGACCGUGUGCUGGGUCGGCGCCGCCUUCUCCCCCCUGCUGCCCCUGCUCAACACCGCCAAGUUCGUCCUGCUUUUCUACCUCAAGAAGCUCACCCUGUUCUCGAACUGCCGCCCGGCUGACCGCACCUUCCACGCCUCCAGCGCCAGCUUCUUCUUCCUGCUGGUUCUGCUGCUGGGCCUGGCCAUCGCCUGGGUGCCCCUGCUGUACAGCGUCUUUGUCCUCCAGCCCUCCCACGCCUGUGGCCCAUUCCGGGGUGAGCCGACCAUGUGGAGCACCCUCUGGGAGGCCAUCGACACCCUGCCACAUGUGGCCAGGGAGUUCCUGCAGUUUGUGGGCUCGCUGGCCUUCGCCGUGCCGCUCUUCCUGCUGCUGUGCAUCUUCAUGUUUUACCUGAUGGCCCUGGCUCAUUCCUACAACUCCCUGGUGAAGGAACUCAAAGGGCAGCUGCGGCUGGAGGGGCGGGAUAAGGUCUUCUUAGUGACUCAGAUCACGGAGCUCAGCUAA